AAAGGUUCUUCAUUACGUAAGAGUUAAGACUAAUAAAGACUUUCCUUUGCACUUUUUCUGUUCUGGCUAAAGUCUUUGGUAGAUUUUUGUUCAUGAAAGCUAGACCCCCUCUUUGAUUAUGAACCAUUCCUUGCAUCAACCACAAGGCACUCCCAAGUUCCAGCAAGGAAUCACUACUACCACCUUCCUUCCAUUAUUCUGUUCAUCGUUUCUUUUCACAGAAAAAGAUUUUCUUUUCUCGGGGGAUCAUGAACUGAAUUGCAUGUUUUUUUUGGCUUGAUUAUACGACAUUCAGAGUGUUGCCCUGUAACUUUUGAAGUACUGAGUUUUGUUACAGGAACCAUGGAGGGGAGAAUGGCACUCUUGUUUCUUUUUGUAUUGGCUGCUACCUGGGCUUGUGAUGCAAGAGAACUGGCAAAACGUGGUCAAUUGAGCAAACUAAGCAGAAAACCAGAUGUGUGUGCACUUUGUGAGGAAUACACUUCCAAGGCACUUGAUUAUCUAAAUGAAAACAAUACUCAGCAAGAGAUCAUUGAUAUUCUCCACAACACUUGCCACCAGCUUCCCCCUUUUAAUCAGAAGUGCAUUACUUUGGUGGACUAUUAUGCUCCUCUUUUCUUCUUAGAAAUAGCUUCGAUUCAGCCUCAAGAGUUCUGCCAAAAGAUCCAUAUCUGUCAUCUCAUUUCAUAUAUUUCCUCACACGUUCAAGAAGAUAGCUGCGGCUUUUGCAAUGAUGCUGUUUCAACUCUAUUGGCUAAGUUGAAAGAUAGUGAUACUAAGCCAGAGAUAAUUGAGACAGCACUGAAGGUGUGUAACUCAGUGGAGAAGUAUGCAAAUAAGUGCACAAGAAUGGUUUUGCAGUAUGGACCCUUGGUUUUUGACAGUGCAGAGAAAUUUCUGGAAAACACAGAUAUGUGCACUGCCAUAUAUGCCUGCAAAUCUUUAAUGAUGGCUGGCCAACAAGCCUUUCUUCUUUGAGACUCUUAUGGAAACAACGUUCUAACAGAGUUGUGGUGUACUCGUUGCAGAAGAUUGCCAAAUACAUAGCAACACAUUGAGGAGAGUAAAAGUUGAUACAUUAUCAGUAUCAAAUUUUUAAUACAGCAUAUCAAGUUAUUGUCUGCAUAUAUCAUUGAAAAAUUCAAGACUUUCUAUGUAGCGGUUGUGAUACUCAUGCAUGUUUAAUUAUUUGACAGUACAUUUACAAGCAGUGAUAUAUCCAGAAAUUUUAAUCACUGAGGAAAUACUCAUAUAUAAAAUUGUUGCAUUAAAAGUAUAACAUUACAUCUUUAGGAGUAUAAAUAUGCAUCACAAUUGUUAUAGCAAGUGAAUGUGGAUAUAUGUAUUUUCUUAAAAUACAAGUACAAAGAGUUAUU